AUGUCGACCGCAACUAAUAUCGUCUUCUAUGACAUCGCCAUGCGUCCCCCCGCAGAGAAAAACUGCUGCUCACCAAACCCGUGGAAAGCCCGGAUGGCACUCAAUUUCAAGGGCGUCCCAUACUCGACCUCAUGGGUGCCUUUACCAGACGUUGCAAAAGUCCGCAGCAGUCUGAAAUUGCCAGCCGUUCGCAAAUUUGCCGAUGGCUCUGACUUCUAUACCCUGCCCAUCAUCGAGGAUCCCACCACAAACUCGUCGGUUGGCGACUCCUUCGACAUCGCAGUCUACUUGCAAAAGACAUAUCCUGACGCGGGCGCGGGCGACCUCUUCCCUGCCCAGACGAUUGACUACACUUUCACGCCCGAUUCAGCGAUUGCGGUACCGCUAUCGGAUAUUCCUGAGAGCGGAUUUCCUGAAUACGCCAAGUUCAAUGUGCACGUCGACGCGGCCUUCAGCGCCCAUGCACAGCUUUCUGUUCAGUGUUUCCCAUUCGACCCGGCUACGGCUGAGAUCAGUAAGGCAGAAUUCGCCCGGCGUGCGGGUGUUAGUUCCUGGGAUGACUUUACCUUGGUCGGCGAGGCGCGAGAGAAGGUGAAGGAUUCGCUUAGGAAUACGCUGGGCGGCCUCGCUAAGCUAUUCUUGAAGGACACCAGUGGACCCUUUAUUCUCGGUAAAAGGACUUGCUAUGCGGACAUCAUCGUCGGUGGAUGGCUGAGGAUGAUGCGCGCGACCCUGUCGGAGAGCGAAUGGGAGGAGGUGAGAAGCUGGCAUGACGGUCUCUUUGGGCAGUUGCAUGAUGCAUUAGAGGUAUAUGCGGAAGUGAAAUAG